CAGUAUAUAUUUGCGUGAACAGCACGUGGACACACUUAUCUCUGAUUGGCUGAAAUAGAUGGCGCUGUGACGUCAUAUACUUAUAUAAAGCCCGACCAUCCUAAACAGUUUUACUAUGCCAUUCUCAUGAGUUCCAGUKAGUCAUAAGUGCUCUCUUUUAGAUUCAUUCAUCAAUCCUUACGUAGCAACACGAGCUUUUAAAACUCACCAUGAGUUUACACGACAAGAGAACAGCCACCGACAAGGUAUCUGUCUUGGACAAAUAUCAUAAGCUCGACCAAGGAGAUAGAAUUCAAGCCCUGUACAUCUGGGURGACGGGACCGGUGAAGGAAUACGUUGUAAGACAAGAACCCUGGAUAAGCUUCCAGAAUCUAUCGAUGACUUGCCCAUCUGGAACUUCGAUGGCUCUAGUACCGGUCAGGCCGAGGGCUUCAACAGUGAUGUCUAUCUUCACCCCGUGUCUACCUUCAAGGAUCCUUUUAGAGGCGGAGAAAAUAUCUUGGUUCUCUGCGAGACAUAUAAGUACAACCAUAAACCCACCAAUACCAACCACAGAAAGUCCUGCUUUGAAGUUAUGGAAAAUGACAAAGUCAAGAAAUCAAUACCAUGGUUUGGCAUUGAACAAGAGUACACCCUUCUUGAUGUAGAUGGCCAUCCAUUAGGCUGGCCCAAAGGUGGCUUCCCAGGACCACAGGGACCAUACUAUUGUGGUGUUGGAACCAACAAAGUUUUUGGACGAGAAAUUGUGGAAGCACAUUACCGUGCAUGUCUGUAUGCUGGAAUCAAGAUUGCUGGUACUAAUGCUGAAGUGAUGCCUGCUCAGUGGGAAUAUCAAGUAGGUCCAUGUGAAGGUAUUGAGAUGGGAGACCACCUGUGGAUGUCCAGGUACAUCUUACACCGUGUUGCAGAAGACUUUGGUGUUGUGGUUACCUUUGAUCCUAAACCAAUGCCUGGUGACUGGAAUGGUGCUGGUGCUCACUGCAAUUACAGUACACUGGAAAUGAGAAAUGAAGGAGGUAUGAAAGAUAUCUAUGAAGCCAUUAAGAAGUUGGAGGAGAACCAUGAUUACCACAUCAAGAAGUAUGAUCCCAACCAAGGGCGUGAUAAUGCUCGCCGCCUGACUGGACGAAAUGAAACAUCAAGCAUCAAUGAAUUCUCACAUGGUGUUGCCAACCGUGGUGCAAGUGUAAGGAUUCCUCGUCAGUGUGCCGAGGAUGGUAAAGGAUACCUUGAGGAUAGAAGACCAUCAUCUAACUGUGAUCCAUACAGUGUCACUGAAGCCAUUGUCAGAACGACCAUCCUCAACCACACAGAAUAAGCUCAUUAAGAACUUACAAGAAGAUUUAGUACCAUGCUAAGGGAAUAGUUAGAGCACAAAUAGGGCUAUUUUCAAAAUUGAUUCUUACACAUAUUUAUACAUUAUGGAUGGUUGAGAUUCAAUUGAUUGAAAUUUGACAAGUCAAAUUAUGGCUUCACCAUUCCUGCGGGAUUUCAUUCUUUAAAUAAUUUAAAAACCAAACCAGCAUUUAAAUACAAUAUUAUUUUGUAUUUAAAUGGUGYUUUGGACUUGCACGAGCAUUUUUAAACACCUGCCAUUUAUAGGUUGUACCAAAGGAAAGAGAAAAGAGAGUUACUUUAAAGAUAAA